AUGCCCGCACCUUUCCCGCGUCCUCUGCGCACUCCGUCCUCUAUCGGCGUACUGGUCCAGCACCCCUCUCCGGUCCGUCGGUCUCGGCUCCACGUAGCACCACCCGCCCUCCUCCUACCCUCUCCACCUUCACGGCGUUUCUCUCGUCCUGUCCAAAGGCCCCGUGGCGGAACCACAACCCCCGUACCGGAUGAAGCUCCCCCCGUGACGCCCAAAUCGCCAUUCUACUUCGAAGCCGGAUAUGCGCUUUACGCGAAGAGACCUUCGCGCCCAUUUCCACCUCCUUUCCUUUCUUAUCCUUCCACUAGCUUCACUGAGCCUCUAAGUACACAUAAUAGGAGCCGGGAUCGGCGGAGCUAUGUGAAUGGGGAGAUGAUACGGGGAGUGACGAAUGGGGAUGAUGCGGUGUUGGUUAGCGAUAGCUUCAUUGGGGCAAAUGAUGGGGUGGGAGCUUGGGCUGCGAAGGAGAGAGGACAUGCUGCGUUAUGGUCGCGGCUGGUUCUGCACUUUUGGGCCCUCGCAGCAGAACGUGCCAAGUUCGGUGAAGGCACAGAGCCAGACCCUGUUUCCUAUCUUCAGAAAGCGUUCGAUCAAACCAAACAAGCUACGUCCGAGCCGAACGAGUGGUUUGGAACUACGACUGCUUCUGCGGCGCUUAUCGGGGCGGAUAACAGCACUCCCGCGCAUCCAAUACUAUAUGUCACACAAUUGGGAGAUUCACAAAUACUGGUACUCCGACCUAGUAGUAAAGAGGUCAUUUUUAAAACAACAGAGCAGUGGCAUUGGUUCGACUGUCCCCGACAACUCGGCACCAAUAGUCCCGACACACCCACGAACAACGCCGUCAUGGACCGAAUAGAAAUCGAGGAGGACGAUGUCGUGCUAGCAAUGACAGAUGGCGUAGUAGACAAUUUGUGGGAGCAUGAAGUGGUGCAAAACGUCGUGGAUAGCAUGGAGAAGUGGAAGAAUGUUGCAAGCAAAUCGGAGGACGGCAAAGAACUAGUAGAGCAGACACACGCGGACGGCAUGCGAUUUGUCGCCCAAGAGCUUGUGAAUGCUGCGAGGACGAUAGCAGAAGACCCCUUCGCAGAGAGCCCGUACAUGGAGAAAGCUGUCGAUGAAGGCUUAUCAAUUGAAGGAGGCAAGCUCGAUGACAUCAGUGUAGUCGCUGCGCAAUGUAAACGACGAAAAGGGUGA